CGCGAAUCACAGUCAGAGCGCGUCAACAUGUGCAUAAAAAACUAAGAUUGAUCGAAUUUAGUUGACGAAGUGUGGAGAACCUGAACGGAUUUGCUAACUAAGGCGGUGCGUCAAUACAGAAAAUACAGCAAACGCUCUACAGUAGCAGUGACAGUGGUAAAAAAUAGCGUAUGAAAUAUCGGUUUAUGAUAUCCGUAUUCGGUGGAACAUCAUGCGCACACAAAAAUCGACAAUUCACUUACUUCUUAUCGUAUGUUUAACACAGCGGGUUCGAGCAACAACUAAGGACUAUAUUGAUCUACUCGAAUUGCCCGACAACGAUGAGUUUCUAUGGGGUCGGCACGAUAACGAAAUUGCAUAUAGCAAAGCGCAUUCACAAUCUAACGAAUAUAACAGUACAGGUGGCGGUAGUGAUUAUCUGAUGCGUCACAUUUUGAAAAAGCGACAGGUGAUUUUCCAAGAAAAUAAGGAUUACGGCGAGUGCCGCACGGCGUUGGGCGAAGUAGGGCGCUGUCGACAUCCGCUCUACUGUCGCAUACCGGAAUUGAAGGAUGAUGUCUGGCGCUUGAUCUCGCAGUUGUGCAUAAUCGAAGGGAGUUCGAUUGGCAUAUGUUGCACGCAACAUACGGAGUCGCGCUCCAGUCCACAAAUUAUCAGUGACGUCAAUAAUAAUGGCUUGGAAGAGGCGCGCAUAGUCAACAAACCGGAACAACGCGGUUGCGGUCUUACCACCAAACAGUUUCCGCGCAUCACUGGCGGUCGGCCAGCUGAACCCGAUGAAUGGCCUUGGAUGGCUGCCUUGAUACGUCCCGGUGUGCCGUACGUCUGGUGCGGUGGUGCGCUGGUCACCGAUCGGCAUGUGCUCACCGCUGGCCACUGCGUACAUAAAUUCAAAUUGGAGGAUAUAUUUGUGCGCUUGGGCGAAUACAAUACACAGAUGAUUAAUGAGACGCGUGCACGUGAUUUUCGCAUUGCUAAUAUGGUCAUACAUGUAGAUUACGAUCCGUUGACAUAUGAGAAUGAUAUAGCCUUGCUGCGUCUGGAUCGUGCCACACUAUUUAACACGUAUAUAUGGCCCGUUUGUAUGCCACCCAUUGGUCAAAUUUGGGAGGGGCAAGUCGGCGUAGUAACCGGUUGGGGUACGCAAACUUUCGCUGGACCACAUUCGGAAAUACUUAUGGAGGUGCUGCUGCCCAUUUGGAAGCUGGGCGAUUGCCGUCGCGCGAUGGUUGAACGCAUACCGGACACUGUGUUGUGCGCAGGCGUGCGCGAGGGCGGUCAGGAUUCGUGUCAGGGCGAUAGCGGUGGUCCGCUGCUUGUACAAUUGCCUAAUCGUCGUUGGGUCACAGUGGGUAUUGUCUCUUGGGGUGUACGCUGCGGCGAAGCCAAUCGUCCUGGCAUGUACACCAGUGUUAAUCACUACAUGCACUGGAUAUUACAGAACUCAGAUAUUUAAGAAAGUUGGUAUUAUGUACUUAAACAUAUGUUUCACCCUUAAAAAGCCGUUUAUUAAAUAAAAUUUGUUUAAUACUCGCUAGCUGGUUUCGUCGCGAAAUUUCAAGUAACUAAUCCUACAACAAUAUACAUAUAUAUAUAUUGAAAAUUUA